GUCCACGGGGUCGAAGGCGCCGUAGAAGCUAUUCCACCGGCGGAGCAUCUGCGCGGCCAUGGCGGCGGCGGCUUUCCCGCGAGCUGCUCCUGCGAUCGAUCUUGGAUUGGAUGGGGGAGUGGGGAGGAUUGGAUGGGGAAAUUGGGAAGGAAGAAGGCGAUCGCCUACCGCGAGGCCCCCAAUGCAGCUUAUAUCUCCCGGCGAGGCGGUGACCAUACUCCACUCCCGGUCGAAUUCGGAAGCGCGUUUCGCUCCAGUGGAAUCCGAUUGAGGAGUGGCAAACACGCACCACGCGUUGCCCGCGCGCCACGUUUCAAUCCACUACGGCGUUGUCGUCACGGCGCGCCACCGCGCCACCGGCGCGACCUGCUGCGGCUCGUGCUGGACCACGUCGGCCCGAGCCUCAGCCGCGUUCUGCGUGAUCGCCGCGGGCGGUUCGCUGAGGAGGAGACGCGGCGCGUCAUGCGGCAGCUGCUGAGCGGCGCCGGCAAGAUGCACGAGCGCGGUAUCGUCCACCGGGACAUCAAGCCCGGGAACAUCCUCGUCGGUGGCGAUGGCGUGGUGAAGAUAUACGACCUCGGGCUGGCCGUUUCCGCCGCGCGCGGUCAGGCCGACACGCUCUGGUACAUGGCUCCGGAGAUGCUCCUGGGGAAGCCGGACUACGACGAGCUCGUGGACGCCUGGUCGCUCGGCUGCGUCAUGGCGGAGCUGGUCGCCGGCGAGCCACUGUUCCCUGGUGACAGCGCGACCGACCAGCUCCGGAGAAUCUUCCGCGUGCUCGACAGCACGUGCAUGGCAUCCACGCCGCUCGCCGCCGCGGGGCAGAAGCUGCUUACCCGCCGAAGUGACAGCCGACUGCGCGAGCUGUUCCCCAAGGAGCGCCUGUCGCGCGACGGGUUCAAGGUUUUAGAGGGGCUCCUCGCCUGCGACCCCGGCGAGCGUCUGCCAGCGGCCAUGGCGAUCCAGCUUCAGCCGCAUAGGAUGCGGGCUCGACCACCAUUCUACCUCAUCACUUAGGAGUGCAUUUCCAUUCGUCCAAUGUAUAUUGACGAGUUUACUUUACUGCCAGGGACGAA